AUGUACAGAUCAAAAAAGGGUAGAACAUAUGAAUUGCCUUAUCCUUAUGUAAGGUAUUGCCAAUUUUCGGAAUUUGAUAUAGUUGGCAUGUAUAAUCUUUUAAAUGAUGCUCAUAAAAAAGUAACAAAAGAUUCUGUUCUUGGAUCUUUUGGAGAAGACAUGAUCUAUCUAGCUUUUGUUUUUGCUCGAGAAGGCUCAUCGUUAUCAAAAAUUAUGGCAAAAAGAUUAAAGGGCACAGCUACUAAUAAAAAUCGGGCCGAUCAGUUAGCAAAAUUAGAGAAUUUAAUUCAUUAUUAUGGGAUUAUAGCAAAACCAAAUAAUUCAAUUGAACCGACUAUAUAUAGAAUUGGAACUUUAUAUUGUAGAGAGGUUUCGACAUUUUUCCAUGAAUGCAAGAUUAAGCCGUUCUUGGAUGCAGUUCAGCUCGGCUCGAUACCUGAACCUCUAGAAGGUUUUCCUUUGGCUAUGUCUCACUGUGCCUUUGCCCCUCUCAUUCCCUCCCCCUACAUUGAUUCACAAUCCAGCGUGAUCAAUACUACAGAAAAUUCUUUCAACCCUCACACCGAUACUAUUUUUCGUAUAGAAGACGAAGGUGCUACCAGAGAUGAAGGCCAAACGACUUACAUAUUUCCCGAAAAUUUUAGAAGCAAUUCUCCUUUAGUAGCUGAUUCAAAUAAAGUGGAAAUCACGAACCCUGUUCACCCUACUUUUGAUUCCUUGGGAUUAAAGCUCAAAAAGGUCGCCAACGUACCACGAAUAAAUGAAGCUCAAACUAAAUGUUUCCAAUUGAAAGAAGUCAUUGAUAAGUUGGAACCUUUGCUUGGGGAUACCUCACUCACUAAUAAACCCAAAGACGACAACUGUGAUAUAAUGGAGUUGAUUAGCGGAUUGGACUCUAUUGACGAAUGUUCUAAAAGGGUACAUGAUGCCCCCGCAAAUAAUACAUCCAGCCAGAAGGCUGACACACAGGAGCAUAUCCCAAAUUUGCUUUUGAAUGGCCAGAAAAAUCAGACGUCUUCUCAAGAUGAAAAAACGAUGAACGAGAAUAGGGAAUCUCGGUAUUGGAUUUCCCCUGAAGAUUUUGAAUGCCUUUACUAUGGUUAUGCUCAUCAUCAAAAAGUGUUCUAUGAGCGGUUGACUGGCACCGGCAGUAAAACUGGACCAAGGUCUAGGCGCACACUCAAAAAGCCUAGGGAAAUCUUAAAUUACAUAGAUGAGCAAAUAGCUUACCCCCUAUUUACCGAAUCGCAGAAAUUUGAGUUUUUAGAAAAAGUGGGAAUUUUAGUCAAAUGCCAGGAUUCCGAAAAUAUUACCCCUAACCCAGCUAGAAUUGUGUAUAAGCUAGAAAGUUCGGUAAAAUCUGUCCUCAAAAAAGCUGCUGAUGCUUGGAAAACACAUAAUAAUUAUUCUGGUGACCGAGUUAUUAAUCAGGUCAUGAACGGGUUUGGACUAGCAUUUUAGGAAUAAAUUAAUAAAAAUUGUUUCAAAUUUUUUUUACUCUAAUUUUUUAACAAGUUUCAUAGAUUAUAAUUUUAAAUUACAUUACAUUUUGUUACAUAUUAUAGGAUAAAAAAUUUCAAAUUAAUAUUAUAAAAUAUAUUAUUUUUUUACAAUCAAUAUUAAAUACAUAUUCCAAAAAUUUAUAUUUUUAAUCAUUGAUGUAAUUAUAAAAUAUAAAACUUAUGUUCAAUGUGUUUAAUCUCAAUGCCCCCCCCUCCGCAGUUUUUUGAAUAUAAUGGUCAAUCAUAUUACUAUAAAGAAUUAAUGUAUAAGUAUUUUCAUCAAUUCGAUUUUAAUUACUCUAAAAUAUAAUACCAUUCAUUAGUAAUUUUAUAUUCUUUAAGCAAUUUUUUAUAGUUCAAUAUUAAUAAAUUAAUAGAGGAGCAUUGAUGCCAUU